CGGAAGCAUUGCAGAUCCCACGCCUCUGAUUGCAUCCCACACCACCACCAGCAUCCUCGUCACCACCGUACUCACUGUUGCAGUCAUCGCCAUCCUCUCUAACGGCCCCCGCAGUGGGUAGCAACCCGCAAUUCCUCCCCGACUGCCAGGGCGAGGGGCAGACCCACUCCACCAUGAGCAAUCCCACUGCCUCUUCUUCCUCGCAGCCCCCUACUCCACAGAUUCUCCUCCUCGGCCUCCGAAGAUCAGGCAAGACGUCUCUCCUCUCGGUACUGCACAAGCGUCUAGCACCAGAAGAGACGCUCUUCCUCGACAAUACCACAAGAGCCACACCGACAUACCUGGACAUCUGGAAGGGAGUCACAAUCUGGGAUGGAAUCAAUCUCGCUUCUCUGCUCAGUGAGAGAGGAGAGGGGAUGGUGGGCGGCGGUACAAAGCUAGCUUGGAGGGAAGUCAAAGGAGUCGUGUGGGUCAUAGAUACUCAGGACGACUACCUCGAUUCGCUCUCCACCCUUCACAAUGUCAUCGUCCGAGCCUAUGCCAAUAACCCGUCGAUCCACUUUCACAUCCUUCUACACAAGAUGGACGGCCUCUCGGAAGACUAUCGAGACGAUACACAAGGGGAUGUGGAGAAGCGGAUAGAAGACGAUCUCAGUGAUGCAAGCUCUAGCUUCACCUUUGCUAGAGGUGUAGAUCCACCGUCCCUUCCGACGGCUGUAACAGGAGCAGGGAGAGCCGAAUUGGAUGAGGAUGAUGAAGGGCUGGGCAAUCUUGACUGGGAGGAACUGGAGAGAGUUGCUCGAGAGAAGAGAUACGGGAAAGCCCCUUCUUCCUCGGCUGGAGAGAGCGAUCUACCACUCAAGAAGCUUUCGGCGACCAAUACCACUUCCAGAGCUUCUUCCACGACAAGACCUCCCCGUACACGUCGUCGAUCUUCACGAGCCGCUCACGGGGCGAACCAGAGUGCGAACCUGGAGACGGAUGUGCAUCUCACCCUACACCAAACGUCCAUCUUCGACUCGUCCAUCUUUGUGGCCUUUUCUCGCCUCCUAAACCCCUUCAUCCUCUCCCCACCUUCGAUGAGGUCUGCUCUAGGGAGAUUGAUGGACGGACUGGUAGAGACGUGCGAAAUGGAGCGGGCCUUCUUGAUGCACCUACCUACACGGACCUGGCUUCUCACAGAUGGCGGACCAUUUGAGAAGGGAGCCUUUGAAGUCGUCUGCGACUACCUAGGAUUUCUCACGGGCAUGGCUGGGCUAUUCGAGAAUGUCAACAGGAGCAAAGCUGAAGAGCCGGCUUCCGCAGAAGGGAGCGAAGGGGCCUCUGCUCCCGUCCCAGCUCGAGCCCAUGCCUCUUCAACACUUCGGCUGAGCCCAGACUUGCUCCUCUGCUUCUGGCAACUGGACAACGCCCUUGGCCUAAUCGCCAUUCUUCGAUCUCCCUCUGCUCCCCCCUCCUCUGCUCUCACAAGCUCCACUUCGGGCAACGGAGCAGGUCUGGGCUCCAUCGGUGCCGGUGCGCCUUCCUCUGCCAAUGGCUUCGGGGAGAGGAAAGCUAGCAACCCAGCUGGUGCGCUGCGUCCGGGAGAAGUGGCUCCUCCUGCGGCUGCCGCUCCUGCCUCGGCUGCUUUUACAGGUCUGCUGGACUGGAAUGUCGACGUCUUCCGACAGGCCGUCGUGCAUGGACUUGGAAGGCUUAGGAGAGGAGCGGAGAAGGAAGAGGUUCUUGCGGCAUUUGCCCAGUAGUGAAUUUGAGAGAGAGAGAGGGAGACGAGGGCCACACACAUCGAAAGCAAACAUGAUAAAUACACACACACACAUCUUAUACCACUACUGCUGCUGUGAAUCAGCCAAGCUGCUGAAAAAGGCCCGACAAGCAGGGGCAUGAGAUCAGUGCGACGGAGUGUAGUGUAUUGAAGCAAAGGCUAUGAUAUAGUGUUACAGAUGUGAUCUUGCCCCUCCGUUGCUCGCUCAGAAGAGGUCAGCAGCUCUCAUGCGACUAGGAGCAGCCUUCUUCGCAGAUUCAGCUUCUCCCCCUUUCUCUCCGUCCCCUUCCUUCUUCGAUGCAUCCCCCUUGCGCUUCGUUGCCUUCAUCACCUCCUUACUACUCC